GUGUUUCCGUCAGUCUGCCUCUCUGAGCACUGUACAGAUUGCAGAAGUUGUUGAACGGGUCACCCUGGUGUUUUAUUAUUUCUUUUCAAUGUCCUACGUUUUUUAAAAUUCGGCAUUGAGUGCCAAGUCUGAGCAUUGCCUUUUUAACGUUGUGUUUUCAGAGGCUGCAAAAUAAUUGAGGGGAACUCCUUGAAGUUUUUUUUUCGUCAACUGACUGCAGUUCAGCGAAGUUCCUACAAUGGCUACAGAUGUGCACAACAAGACAGGGACUCUGAAGCAAAUUCAUUGUUCUCAGUCACUUCCUGGAACCCCACUGUCUCUCAAAUCUUUUCCUAUUCAUCUCCCUACAUCCAUGGAUGGAAAGUAUAAGGAGAUCGCAGAGGAACUGUUCACCCGAUCUCUGACAGAGAGUGACAUGAGGACUGCUCCUUAUGAAUUUCCAGAAGAGAGUCCCAUCGAACAACUGGAGGAGAGACGGCAACGGUUGGAACGCCAAAUUAGCCAGGAUGUGAGACUAGAACCAGAAAUUUUACUCAGAGCCAAACAGGACUUCAUGAAAAUUGACAGCGCUACAGAUCUACAAUACUACAAGGACCAAAUUGAUGCCACAACAGAGAAAUAUCCUGAAGAGCAGGAGAAUGAUCUUGUUCAGGAAUUCCAGCGAGUUCGCAUAUCUGGAGAAGAGAAAUGUGGGGUCCCUUUCACUGACCUUCUGGAUGCUGCUAAGUGUGUCGUCAAAAGCCUGUUUGUUCGCGAGAAGUACAUGGCUCUGUCUUUGCAGAGCUUCUGUAAGACAACUAAGAGAUUUCUGGAGCAGCUGGGAGACAGGCAGUGUCAAGGAAACUUGCAUGAUGAAAUGCUGGAAGCCCCCAUUUCACCCGAUGCAUCUACCCAUUCACCAUUUGCUGAGGAGCAUCCAUACAAAAACUGUGACCCAGAUAUAAUGCCUGAGGAUACUGGGUUUGGCUGCAAAAUGAUUGAUGGAGUCACCCAUGUGUACUCUAAGUCAAAUAUUAUGGACAAGUCAACAGAACUGGAUCUGCCUUGCCCAGAUCUCCAGGAGUUCACUGCGGAUAUGAAUGUUUUAAUGGCGUUAAUAAUUAAUGGACCAGUAAAAUCCUUCUGCUAUCGACGGCUGCAGUAUCUGAGUUCUAAAUUCCAGAUGCAUGUUUUACUGAAUGAAAUGAAGGAGCUGGCUGCUCAGAAGAAAGUACCACAUCGAGACUUCUACAAUAUUCGCAAAGUUGAUACCCACAUUCAUGCAUCAUCCUGCAUGAACCAGAAACACCUGCUUCGUUUUAUCAAGCGUUCAAUGAAGAAGAACCCAGAUGAAAUUAUUCACGUGGAAAAUGGAAAAGGACAGACCCUGAAGGAUGUCUUUGAGAACAUGAACCUCACAGCGUACGAUCUCAGUGUGGACACACUAGAUGUGCACGCGGAUCGAAAUACCUUUCAUCGAUUUGAUAAAUUCAAUGCUAAGUACAACCCAAUUGGUGAAUCGAUUCUUCGUGAGAUUUUCAUCAAGACCGAUAAUUACAUUGAAGGCAAAUAUUUUGGUCACAUUAUAAAGGAAGUGAUGGAAGAUCUUGAAGAAAGUAAGUACCAGAAUGCGGAGCUGCGCUUGUCUAUAUAUGGUCGUUCCCGGGAUGAAUGGGAUCGACUGGCAAAGUGGGCAGUGAAACACAGAGUCUACUCCAACAAUGUGUGCUGGCUGGUGCAGGUACCACGGCUUUUUGAUGUCUUCCGCACAAAGAAACAGCUGAGCAACUUCCAGGACAUGUUGGAGAACAUUUUUAUUCCCAUCUUUGAAGCGACAAUUAAUCCCCGCGAUCACCCAGAACUUCACCUGUUCCUUCAGCACGUUGUGGGCUUUGAUAGUGUUGAUGAUGAGUCCAAACCAGAACACCACAUCUUUAAUGCAGAUUGCCAAUUACCCGUGAAUUGGACAGAAGACGAUAACCCACCAUAUGCCUAUUACCUUUACUACAUGUAUGCUAACAUGACGGUCUUGAAUCAUCUCCGCAAGAAGAGGGGAUUCAAUACAUUUGUUUUACGGCCACAUUGUGGAGAGGCUGGGCCUAUCCACCAUCUCAUAUCUGGAUUCAUGCUUUCUCAGAAUAUUUCCCAUGGUCUUCUGCUCCGAAAGGCUCCAGUGCUGCAGUAUCUCUACUACCUGGAUCAGAUUGGAAUUGCGAUGUCCCCUCUGAGCAACAAUAGUCUCUUUCUGAGUUAUCAUAGAAACCCACUGCCAGAGUAUCUGUCCCGAGGCCUAAUGGUGUCUCUCUCUACUGAUGAUCCUCUGCAAUUUCACUUUACCAAGGAGCCACUGAUGGAAGAGUACAGCAUUGCUGCCCAAGUGUGGAAGCUGAGCUCCUGUGAUAUGUGCGAGCUGGCACGGAACAGUGUAUUAAUGAGCGGCUUCUCUCACAAGGUGAAAGGUUACUGGUUGGGACCAAACUACCAAAAGGAGAGUGUUGAGGGCAAUGAUAUCCGUCGCACUAACGUUCCGGAUAUUCGGGUUGGCUACCGUUAUGAAACGCUGUGUGAAGAGCUGAACUUGAUUACACAGGCAUUGAUCACUGCGGAACAGUUGGAGAAUAAUUCCAUAAACAUGACGCCAGUAUCUGAAUCACGAUAAACCACUUUUACAUUAAGUGAAUGAAGGCCUUCGCAUGGGAGGCCAGAGCUGUUAAAACCAAUGUAAACUGGACACCUGUAGAAUGCUAGAACAUCUGGCAGUGUUUACCCUCACUAUAUCAUUAAUACAUAUUAUUAUUACUAGGAGCAUCUGAAAUGGAAACAAAUUGAAAACCUCACCCUUUAGUGCACACACAAGAUUUUACCUUUCAUUGUACUUGUUUUACAAUAAUGUGUCAGUUAUUUAAAUCUAGUUGCCUGUUCCUUUUGAUGAUCUUUUAGCCGGAAUAUCAAAGUUAUCCAGGGUGAGGAAGUAGCGCAUAUGCCAGAUUACUUAUCACAUGACUGUGACCAUGUCCUUCAUUUGGCUUCUCCUCAAAAGUUCUACCUCCCUGCAUUCCAAGAGGUGCUAUGGUUGUACAGUAAAACAUGCCUUUGCAGCCACCCAUGUUAGUGACCAUUAAAAUUCAGGCACUGUUUCGAUUUUUCCAUUAUUGCAUUUUUAAAAAAAAAAAGACAUGACCAGUUAGCAUGUUACUCCUGUAGGCAUGAUGUGACUAGGAUGUUUAGAAAUUGAAUAGGUUUGAUUAUCUGAUGGAAGUUCAGUGAACAUCCACAUUAUAUAUGUUUGCUGUUGAAUAGGGGUCCACAUGAGCACUCUGAGCAAUCCUUUUUUUCCUUCCUGUCAGCAACCUGAUGGUAAUUUCAGGCUUGGUUAAGUGUUAGUGCUCUUGGGCUUAAACCAGAAGAUUGUGGGUUCAAAUCCCGCUCCAGGGCUUAAGAGCAUAUUAUUUAGAAUGGCCCUCCGAUGCAGGGCUGAAGGAAUGCUGCACCGUCAGAGGUGCCGUUUUUCAAAUGAGACAUUAAACUGAUUUUAAUUUCUGUUCAUUAACAGAUUGACAUAUAAGAAGAGCAAGGUAGUUCUCCCCAUAUCUUGAUCAACAUUUAACCAUCACCCAACUUCACCAAAAACAGAUUAACUGGUAAUUUAUUUCAUUGAGCAUGGCAAGAUUCCACAAAAAGCAAUUUGGCUAUUUCAUUUGCCUACAAAAUAACAAUGAUUAAACUUCAGAAGCAAUCUCCAAGUUAUAAAGCAUUUGGGACAUCCUGAGGACUUGAAACGUUCUUAAGGUGUACUUGGAAUUUGACCUCAUCUUGAAACCUUCCCCUCCCCCUCAUGGCCCACCAAUAAAAUAAAUCUAAAUUUGAUUUGUAAAUCAGGCGUGGGUAACAGUAACUAGUCCAGGACCAUAUUAACGUGGAGCUGGUCAGCCUGUGGCCUCAUACAUCCAUUACCUGAACGUAUUCCAAGUUCUCUAAACUCAUAGAGUUCUAAACCAAUUGUCCUAAAUAUAUUGCAUGUGAUAGUGUUGACAGAAUUAGGUGAUUUAUGGUAUUUGUGUUAAAUAAUGCACCUUACACAAAAAAAUGUUGAGCCCAAUUUUAUAUAUUUAUUAAUUCAUUUGUAUAUUAAGUCGAGCAAUCUGUAGGCUGUUUUAAAUCUGCUGGAAAGUUGCCUAGUAUUGCUGAUGAAGCUUCUUUGAUCAAACUGCUGUUUGUACAUUUGCUCAGCAUUUGAGCUGAGUGUUCUGCUUCCUGGUAGCCUUGCAAAGGUAGAUGCAAUCAGCUUCAUUCCAGAAGAUGUAGGUUUAUUUGCACUAGGUUAGCUUAACAUCUUUGCCGCUCAUACAAUUGAUGAUUAUUGACUGAAGCAUGGGGAACAGUGGCUGAGAAUCAGUGUCUUAUUGCUGCAUGGUAAAAUACUGCCAACACGCCUCUGUAAUUUCCUGUUAAAUGCUGAUGUGCACAUUAUGUUUAAUGAGCCCCAUAUCCACCUACAGUACCUCAGAAAUACAUAUCAUGACCGUGUUGCAUUUGACAGUGAAAAGCUAAAUCCCUGAUGCCAAAAGAACACCUUUGUAAAAGUUGCUUGUGGCCUUUUUUGGAUGGUAAUUUUGUUUCAGCUACUUGUGAAAAUGAAACUCAGAUAGCAAUUGUGCAUGGACACCCGUGUUCAUGUUUGCUGUUCAACUCACUGGUACUGGAGGACUAAUUGUUUAAAGCCCAGAGCCAGAAACUUUUCAGGAGGAAUUUCCUGCUUUUCUAAGUGGAAGAGAGCAGUGGAUUAACCUUUCUGUAAUUGCUAUUUGCUUUAAAAUCUAGCUGUUUCAGUGAAGCUUAUUUAACAUGUAGGUUUGGUGCAAAUGGUAUAUAUACUAUGUAGUGCAUACCUCAUAUAAUGUACAGUUCCAUUCUUUCACAAGGCAGCAUUUUGUGUGCUAGUAAAAUUCAGUCUUAUGACUGAACUGAAGGUGAAACCCAGCAUGCAACAAAUCAUUAGAGCCAGAAAGACAAUUGUUACUGUUGAAGGGAAGAUACUUACCUGAAGUCUUAUUGGAUGGAUGCUUUGCUUUGCUCUUGUGGUACAGGACAUCAGAAUCCUUCAAUAUUAUUUACAACCUUAUGCCACUCACAUAAAUCUUCUAUUGCCUCAAUUACAGGUACCCUUAAUAGAUAUCCUCAAACUGCCUAAAAGACAAUGAAAUAAUUGCCUCAGUGUUUGCAUGUUUGUCUGAAUGCUAUCACAUGAGGAAUGUUUCACACCUAUGAACUGUUUUUUGUUGGUAUAAAACCAGCUUUUACAAAUGUAAUUUAUUGUAAAAAAAAUAGUAAAUAAUGUUAGGAUACUGAGACUAUUUUGGCGUGGGAUAAUAGAAUUUUAUAACCAAGCUGAGCUUCAGUGAUGUGAUUUACAUUAUUGUCUAAAGUUCUUGUCUGUUGCAGUCUUGUAAUGUUAACUAACUGCACUUGCUAGUUGUAAAAUAGUGGGAAUAAGAAGUUUCACAUCAGUGCAUAUAUAAUGCAACUUAUUACUUGAAAGCAAAAUAGUCAGAUCUAUGUUUGGGGACGUGUGGAAUUUCUGAGUAUUACUAAAGGACAGCCAUCAAGAGAUUACUACAACAUUAAGUACAGUAUACAAUGUGGGUCCAGCAUUAUUCAGAGUACAAUCAAUAACCCAAUCAGUUACCUGACAGUGAUUUUAUAGUACUGGUUCAUAAUUAAUGAGUCUGGAUCUUUGUAAGUCAUUAAAGAUCAGAAACAAGAGUCUUCACGGAUUGUUGCAGAGUUCCCCCAGCAUUUAUCACAAAGUAACAUGUACUUCAGUACAAUAGACAGUAACCAUGCUGUAGUUUAGUAGAAUAGUGGGAAUAGAUUAGGUGGCUCAUAUGGGGUGAGGAAAAGCAUCGGCAAGGACUUGAUGGCUCCACUGACCUGUCUGCGCUAUAACAUCCUGUGAUUCUAAGCUAUUCAUAAACAUAUUUUGUGCAUUUGAACUAAGUCAGCAGUUGCUCUACACUGAUUGGAUUUAUACAGAGCCUUUGAAUAUUGUCUAAACAUUUUAAGAUUAAUUUGUCCUGCAUCCAAAUUGAUGCAUUUUUUAAAAAAAAAUUAAAUAGCUUAACUACCCUCUUCAGAUGCCCCACAUCAUUCCCAAUUGUUGACUUUCAGAUAGCCUGCCACAGUUUCUGCUAAAGUGCCCUAUAACCAACCUUUUAAGAGGGAAGGACGAGUUAAAUUAACAAGAGAUUUUAUUUUCCUUCUUAAUUCUCACUGCCUUCUUGCAUGGGUAUACCUCAUCUCAGCAUUGCCUCCGACAGCCUUGCUGGUAAGUAACAAAUCACAAGCCCAAACCUAAUUUUAAUCCUGAUUUUUAAAUUCUAUGAGUGAUUUCUUGUAAAAGCCUGGAAUCAUCCAUGGUUCAAUGUUUGCAUGUUUUGGAGACCAAUGUAAUGAUACUUGCUCAACCCAGAUUACACACAUUUGAAAAACAGAUGGGGAAGUACUUUGUACAUCACUUCAUUAUGAUGUCUUUUUCAGCUGGAACUUGUUCAGCCAGUGCUGCUCAUUUUUAAGGAUAUAUACCAAUCAGUGCUCAAGUGGCUAGAAUUUUAGUUCUAUACAUUUUAUAUUAUUUCCAAGCUUUUUUUUUUUAAAAAAAGUGUUGCCUAUCGUACUACAGGUCAUCUCAUGCAGGCCCUAAAAUAAUUUUUACUGCUGGAAGUUCCCAUUGUAGCUGAUUGGCUGAUUAUUUAAAUCCUUUAUAUGGAAUGAUAUCUAUUACUAAAAGAUUAUAAUAUACAUCUUUUAAGUGUCACUGUUCCCCAUUGUACUUUCUUGAGAAGACCCUUCUAGUUAGAGUGUUCAUCAAGAGAUCUGCUAUUAAAUGGAAGAAUUAAAAAUGGCAAGAAGAGCUGAUUCACUGUAUUACUGAUAUAGUAUAAUAAUGCUUUAAAUGUAGCACUCAUCAUGUUUUUAAGAACAGGUUAUUCAAGUUAGCUUUUCUAGAUUAAAACAUUAGAUUAAUGCAUGACAAAAUAGUUAACAUUUGAAAUAGCUAAUAUUUUGACUGUAACUCUAUUGGAACUUUUUUGUUGUUUACAUAUCAGAUUUCCAGCAUUUAGUUUCUAUUUCUAUCUCUAGUUUUUCUAGCUAUUCCAGUCAGUAUACUCUGAUUUGGAUCCGAUCAUGUUUCGUCAAGACUUUAUUAGUUGAACAGUUUGAUGUGUAUAAUCUGAGAAAUGUAACUCCUUGUCUCAUUCUUUGGUGUAAUUGUGGGUUCCCUUUACAGGCAGAUAUAAGCAGCUGUGCUAAAAGACUAAUACUCUGGUUGUCUGUUCCAGUCAGUACUUGGCAUCCAGAGUCCAAACACAACAAAUUCAGCUCUGAAGCAAGUCAGGUCUAUAUUAUAGAGCACAAAGACUCCUCUAGAAUAGGGAGUAAAUUAAAACUGUUAUUUUGUACAUUGACCUAUUUGUCUGACAAUCCCACAUAAUGAGAUUGUCAGGUAUGUACAGCCAAUAUAUUGCUUUGAGGAAAGUUGACUUUACUGGUUCAGAAAAAAAAACAAGGGUGGAAAAAAUUGCGCAAUAUCAUAAGUUCCAUUUCAUUAUUGGGCAACAAAUGUUGGCCGAGCCAGAGAUGCUGACAUCCCAUGUGAAAGAACUUUAAAAAAAUCUUCCUAUGGCUGAGAAAGUCCUUUAUGAGCAAAACAGACUAGAAAUGUUCCAAAUUCAAUCCCAAGUGUGCAGAGAUGGAGCAACAAUAAGCAUUAUAGCUGCAGCAUCCCUGAAUUCAGAAAGCGAGUUCUUUUUCCCGAUGGUUUCACAGUGACCCCUACUGGCAGCCUAUUUGUGUGGCUCUUGAGUGAGGAGAUGAUUAAUCUGAGCAGUCACUGAUUUUCCUCCAUUUCUCCAGUCAUCUGCCACAGUCAAAUUGCUCCAAACACCCAAUGUUGAAGCAUAAUGACCACUUAACCAUGGUAACAGAGAACACCCGCUAUCUGGUGGAACUGUACCUCAGUAAGAGAGCCAUUGCUUUCAGAAAGAAAAAUGGAGAUGAGCACUGGAGAACAGGAGUAAUUUGCGAGGAAUGGUAGACAGGAGAAGAGAGUGGAAAAUUAUUUUAUUUAACUUAAUGCAGCUUUACUUAACACUUUUGUGUUUCACUGUUCUGUGCAAUGCCACUGAUAAUUUGGAGAGUUAAUUUAUCUUCAAUGUGCAUUGUUCCAUGCUGUUUAUGAAAUUCAUCAUAAUUGAGUGUCCCAUAUCAGCAAAUCCUUUAAUCCGGACUUUUCAAAAGUUUGGCUAAAUUGGUAGAUAUCUUAAUGUUAGUUUUGUUCAUUUUUUAAAAAUCCAAGCUAGUUAACUACCCGUGGUGUUCCCUGUAGUCAGUUGUUUCUAUAAUAUACAGAGGACGGGGAUAGAGACUGCAAAAGUCUCUCCGCAGAACCACCUUGUGACCAGAGUUUACAAAUAUCUUUGACAUAGCAAAAUUGAACCGGAAAUGUUGUUGACAAGGUGUGACCAAAAUUUGUGACAAUGGGUUUACGGACAAGGAGUGUGUGCUGUACCCAUGAAUUUACAAAUAAAUUAAAGUAUUGACUAUAAUUAACACAGACCACAUCAGUUUUUGGCAUCUCUGUUUUGCUGCAUUUAAAUAUAUGCAAUCAGAGUACCUUCUACUGCUGUUAUUUAAUCAAAAUGUAGAGGUAGUCAUCCAGGCACUAUAAAUAGAAUUAAUGCUUCAAGACAAUUUAUUUGUUUCAAACUAACUAAACUAAUAGACUUGCGUUGAAAAAUUAGUGUGUACAGUCUGAAGCCCUGUAAGUUUGCCAAGAGAAUUUUACAUGUUCAAAAUUAAAUUUUUGCCGCAAACUGAGUUAUACAUAAUAUGUGAUUGUAUUUCUCUGGACGUUAAAAUUUUAUUUAAGUUACUUAUGUCACUCCUAUUUGAGGUGAGAAGCAUCAGCAUGCUGGUGGAGACUGGUUAACAUGGAAAGAAGACCUGUUUGACAGGAUUUGGGCAAUGGGAUGUUCUUAAACAACCUUUAAGGUUUGCCAGCUAUGUUUGUUCAUAUUAGUUGAUCUAAAAUUAAAGAGUAAAUCUACUGUCUGUCAACACACUUUUCAACCUCAAUCAGUUAUCGCAUCCCUUGUUGGAAUUCAAGGCUCAAAAGUCCCAGAACUCUAUGAUAAAUGUUACUUUUAUUAUAAGUUCAGCCUGACUCAGUUAGUAGCACUCUUGAGUCAGAAAAUUCCAUUCCAUGAGUUAGGCACAUAAUUUAGGCUGACCACUUAAUGCAGUAUUGCUGAAGUGCUGCAUUAUUGGAAGUGCCACCUUCUGGGUGAGACAUGAAACCAAGGGCACCCACCUGUUUAGGUGAGCAUUAAAGCCCAUGCAAACAUUCAAAGGGGAGCAGGAAAUUCUCCUUGUACACAGGCCAACAUUUCAAACUCACGAAAAACAUCUUAUUUGCUAUAGCAUUUCACUGUGUACAAUCGCCUGUGGCAUUUGCUUACAAAAUAAGUGACUCCACUUGAAAGCUGGUUGUGAAGCACUUCAAGAUGUUGAGGACUUGAAAAAGAAUGAUAAUAGAAAUAACUUUUUUUCAUAAAAUGUAUUAUGCCUGGUUUAAAAAAGAUAAUAGCAGAAGUGUGUAAUUAUUGUGAUAGUCGACAGAGCAGGGGAAGCUGUCGCUUUUGAUGGAAUCAAUGGUCAGUUUUUAAAAUUUUGCUAUAAUUAAUUUGAUAGGUUAACUUAAAGAGUUUAGAAUUUUUAUCAAGACUUUAUAAAUGCUAAUUUUAGUUAAGUCUUUAUCAUCUGCUGUGUUGUGUUUGACAUUGGUCUUCAGUUUUUCAUUGCUUUGUAAACAUCUUAUUCCUUUACUGUUUACCUGAAGAUCAGCUUAGUAUCAGAGAUGGCUGCUACGGUUUUUAUAAGCUUCACUAGCUGCACUGGAGAUAAGCCAUAUUUAUACUCCACUGUGAAUUACAUAGAGGCAGUAGUGAUGCUUUUGCAUAGUGUUUCUCUUGGGUAUGAAAUUGAUAAGCAAGGGGGUGAAAGGUUAUUGGGAGUAGGCAAGAAUGUGAAGUUGAAAUUAAAAUCAGAUCAACCAUGAUCUUAUGGAAUGGCGGAGCAGGCUUGAGGGGCCAAGUGGCCUACUCCUCCUAACUGGUAUGUGAAAGUGCUAUUAUUAAAACACUAGAUCAGGAUAUAAAUCAUCUGUUUGAACAACACACCUGGCUUGUACUGUUCACACUGUAGUUUACUCAUAUAUUUGUAUUCCUUAAAUAAUCCAUAGCAUUUAAAAUCCUUUUCUGAAUUGCGAUUGGUUGGAUUAAUUUGGAAUUCGGAGUCUGAUUUUUAAAACGAUUCCUGGUUCAUGACUCUCUUGGGCAAUCUUAAGACAUCCCGCCCAUCGGAAAAUCCAUGGGUUCAGGUGUAAUGGUGAUUCUAAACCUUGUCCGAUUUUACUCGGCAUUGAGAUCAUCUGAGAAUGAUAUUGUGCAGUAGGUGAAACUGACAUUCUGCCCUAUCCCGUGCAUUUCCUGCAUUUAGCAAGGAGAGGUACUUGCUUAUGAAGUGGAACUACAGUUCCAGCAAAAUGCUGUUUUGUACACUAAGGACCAGGUUUAACGUUUUGUUUCUGACUGUGAUAAAUGUCAAACUUGAAAUGGUUUUAGCACAGAAGAAAGGAGUUAGUUUCCCGCUAUUUUGUAAAGCUUAUAUUCUCAGGUUUGCUGAGUUGAGUCUCGGUUCUUCCUUCCCACAUUUCCUAUUGGUUAUGAUAAUGUGAGAAGGCUUUGUAAAUGCCCACAAGAAUGGGGCACAUCAGCAGAUUAUGGCAAUUUUUGUGGAGCACUACUUGUAGUAGGUGAGUUUAGCAAUGACAUUACCACUACAGGGUUACACUGUUGCUGGGAUAUUUGUGCCAGUAUUCUAUUUCUGAUUUGCCUUUCUAUGAGGGUGUUUUGUCAAGGGAAUGUUGAAAGAAAUUCUGAAUCAAAUUAUUUGCAGUUUGUAAGUCAUUGUUCUCUCUGAAGCUAUGAUGGUGUCAGCAGUAGUGUGAGGUCUCUGAGAUAGAGAGUACUUGGUAUGCAGUGCUACUUAACUUGCACACAACUGCAUUCUCCACUAUUGGGAGUAUUACAGUAAAUCAUUAUAUACUGAAUAUUAUGAGAAUUGUCAUAGACUGUAAUGGAAGCCUUGAGCAGUUAACAGGGGAGAUGAAGUCCUUUAUUUGUUUUUGCUGCACUGUGUGUUCCAUGCCGCAACUCAUGGUACAACUCAGGUAAUAUUUUUGUGGCACUUUACCUGUUACCCAAUUGUUAAAACUGCUUUUGUUGGAUUUCUAUCCAAAAGUAAUUUGUAAUGUUGGUGUGAUUUUUGGGUCACAGGUAUUGCCAGCAGUUUUUAAUAUUUCUGCGGAAUUACUCAUAGAUUCUAUCAUACUGUUAAGAGACUUGAAUACUUGUUUAAAUACCAAUGCUCAUGCUGGUUAAAUACUUGUUGUUAAGUAUCUUAUGGUUUUUUUUAUUACAAAGUACUGGCCUCAUUUUUAAUUUUUGUUGUUUACUGUUCCAUACAAAUAGCACAGCACAUUGUACUUCACUGCACAAAGAAUGCUAACUCACACCUGAAAGAAUUAUGCUGUGUAAUAGUUGUUCUAGCCAUGACUAACAUACAUCAGUGUGCUCUGGCCUUUUUUUUUCGCUGCUUUUUAUGGUUGGUUCAAAGACAACUAUGUAUUUUGCUUUUUUUUCUUGUUCCUCGAUGUUGAUUAGCUUGACAAAAAUGCUGAUUUUUACACACCAAAUGUGAAUGGAAGGCAAAUUUUAAAAAUUCUGAUUUCCCAUAUCAUCAAGCCAAACUCGCCUAAAAAAUGUAGGAAUGCACCUGGAAAGGUUUUGGUGGUCUUUGAAACCUGUUCACAAAAAUAUAAUUAUGGUAUAAAUUGUGAUGAACUUGUAAAUGUGCAACCAGCAUAGAUUCCCCCCACACGCAACUGACCAGUGCAUUACAUACUAGAAUUUCAUGCUUGCAGCCAGAAAAUGGUGACAUGAAAUUGGCAUAAAUUGACUGCUAUGGACCUAAAGUUUAACAUGUGUGCAUGGCCAUAUGUGUUGUUACUGUGAUCUGUCUGCAAAAACAAAUGUAUGAAUUACCAGAUUUUAAACCAGGUACAUAUGAAACAAUGGAAAAACUAUGUGGACCUCCGAUUGAAACGUUGAAUUUUGGUAACCAUUUUGCAUAGAAGCAGACCUAAACAAAUGACUGUCAGAACAUUAGCCUGGAAAUGUAAGACUUUAGGAUAUUUGAAUAGUUUGGUGCUGUUGUUUCUGGAUCUGUAAUCCAGGAACUGAGUUCAAAUUCUACAACUGAUUGAUUGAAUUCAGUUUAAACAAAAACUUCUGUAAAGGAAAAGCCCAAUUGCCUAAUGUUUUUUUCAGGAAGAAAACCUGCUUUCUUAAUCUUAUCUGGCCUAUGUGUAAUUCCAACAGGAUUGGCUCAGCAGGUCAGCAAGAAAAACCACAACUGCCAUAUUCUCGGGGCAAAUAGGCAGCUUUGCCAGAAAUGCCCGUAUUCAUGAAUGAAUAAAAAAGAAAUACAGGCCUGUAUUUAUUUUGACAGUAUUUGGCAGCUCUGUAAUAAUAUGGUAAAUAAGGAUUCAGUAAUUUGUCUGAUCUGCUGGAUACCAUCUGUUGUUUGGGUAUGUUAAUGCCAGUUUUGCACUGUAAUGUGACUGCUUGUUAAUUCUGUUAAUUGAGACUGCUGAAAAUGUAAUUAUGCUGAAGUAUUGCAUUAAAGAAUUGUUCAAAAGUU